AAUGAAUUAAAUAAUAGAAUUACGGUUCUAGACAAAGACAUUUUUUAUAUAGAUGUACUCGAUAAAAAAACAAGAUUAUGCUUAGAAAACAAAAAUGAUAAAACUAAAAGGGAAUUUUUGAAAAAAAUACAUGAUCCAUUAUUAAUGGGAUCCUAUCGUGUUUUAAUAAAAAAAAUGGUUUCACCCUUUAUAAAUAUAAAUGAAACUACAGUGAAUAAUUUAAUUGAUAAAUUUUUUAUAAAUAAAAUUCAUAAUGUUUUACUUAAUGAUUCCAAUUAUCAAGAAUUUGAACUUAAAAAACCAAAAAUGAGUCAAUUUGAUGGAGACUCAACAUUCAAUCAAAACAAAAAUUUGUUAUUUUCCGAACAAGAACAAAUUAGUUCAGAAAAUAAAGAAAGAUUUUUCAAUUUUUUAAUUGAUACAACCACAGCAUAUGCGUUUACUCAACCAAUUUCAAAAAGAAUAAACGAAAUAAGAAAAAAAGUUCCUCGUUGGUCACACCAAUUAAUUAACGAGCCCGAACAAUAUGAAAGAGCACUUGAAAAAGACGUGGUGCUGGAUUAUGAAAUCCGCACAAGGCAAUCGAACCCUGUAGUGAUUUAUACGACUAAGCAAGAUAAUAACGAUGCAGACGAAGUGGAUUUGACACAGUAUGCCCAACAAUCUGAUUUUCGUCGAGAUAUAAUCAAAGGUUCCAUGCGUGCUCAAAGACGUAAAAUUCUUAUUUUGGAAUUGUUUCAAGCAAAAGUACAUUCGCCACUUUUUUUCAACCGAACAAAGGAAGCCUCUUUUUAUUCUGUGUAUGUUGUUACACUUAUUAGACGAGUUCAAAGGUAUAUGAGAAAAAAACCAGAAAUUCCACUUUCUCAACAGGAAAAAUUAAAGGAACAAGAAGUAAAGAAAGAAGAAUUAGCGGAAAAAAAAUUAGAAGAAUUUCUAUUAACGCAAAAGGAAGAAAAAGCAAAACUAGAAGAAGAUAAACAAAUAAAAGUAGCCGAAACCUGGGAUACCGUCCCGUUUGCUCAACUAAUAAGGAGUUUGAUGUUAAUGACUCAGUCCAUUUUUAGAAAAUAUAUUUUAAUUCCUUUAUUGAUAAUAGCAAAAAAUAUUGUUCGUCUACUAUUAUUCCAACGUGCUGAGUGGUCUGAAGAUUUCGAUGACUGGAGUAAAGAACGACAUAUUAAAUGUACCUAUAAUGGUGUUCAAUUAUCAGAAACCGAAUUUCCUCAAGACUGGUUAACAGAUGGUAUUCAGAUAAAGAUAGUAUUUCCUUUCUAUCUAAAACCUUGGCACACAUCCCGAGAUCUAAUAAAAAAACAAAAUCAACCAGAUGAUUAUUGUUUUUUAACAGUUUUCGGAACAGAAACUGACAGUCUUUUUGGUCCUCCCCGAAAACACCCUUCUUUUUUUAACCGUAUUUUUAAACAAUUAGGCAAAAAUAUUCGAAAGUUUCCAAAUACAAGAAAAUUUUGGAUUAUGAAAAUCCUUCUAUUUUUUAAAAAAAUAAAAAUAAUGUUAAAGGAAAAUCGAAUUCUAGGAUUUGGAGUGAGCGAAGAAUCUAGGGAAAUAAAAAAAGAAAAAGAUUCGAUAAUUACUAAUCAUAUGAUUAGGGAAAUAAAAAAAGAAAAAGAUUCGAUAAUUACUAAUCAUAUGAUUCAUGAAUCGUCCAUUCAAACUCGAUUCCUGAAUCGGACAAAUUCUUCAGUGCCAGAAAAAAAAAUAAAAGAUUUGGCUAAUCGAACAAGGACAAUCAAAAAAAAAAUAGAAAAAAUAUCAAAAGACAAUAGAAAAUUAAAUAUUAAUUCUAACAAAACACAUUAUAGUACGAAACGAUUCGAAUCGUUUAAAAAUAUUGGUCAAAUAUUAAAAAGAGGAAAUGUUCGAUUAAUCCGUAAAAUAAAUUCUAUUUUUUAUUUUUUUAGCGAAAAGAUAUACGUCGAUAUAUUUCUAUCCAUCAUUAAUAUUCCCAGAAUUAAUACACAACUUUUUCUUGAAUCAACAAAAAACUGGAUUGAUAAAUCCAUUUACACUAAUGAAAAUGAAAAAAAUCAUGAAAGGCUUGAGAAAACAAAUAAAAAAAAAAAUUCGUUUAUUUCGAAUAUAAAAAAAGCAUUUUUGCUGUUUUUUAGUAAUGACGAGAUUAAUAAGAAUUCGAAUAUUUUUUCUAAUUUGGCUUUUUUGUCACAAGCCUACGUAUUUUACAAAUUAUCUCAAACCCCUAUUUUUGACUUAUACAAGGUAAGAUCUGUUCUUCAGUAUCGCGGAAUGUCGUUAUUUCUUAAAAAUGAAAUAAAAGAUUAUUUUGGAACCCAAGGAAUAACUCAUUCCGAGCUAAAGACUAAAAAACUUCCGAAUUCUGGAAUGAAUCAAUGGAAAAACUGGUUAAAAUUGCAAAGUAAUUAUCAAUAUGAUUUAUCCCAGAUAAAAUGGUCUCAAUUAGUACCCCAAAAAGUGCGGAAUAGAAUAACUGAACAUUUUGCCAUUGAAAAUACAAAUAAUAUUGAAAACUUUUUAUUCUUAUUGCCAAAUAAAAAAUCAAAUUUUAAAAAGAACUAUAGAUAUGAUGUUUUAUCAUAUAAAUUUCUUUAUUAUGAAGAUAAAAACAAUUCAUAUACAUAUAGUUAUGGGAGCCCAUUCCAAGUAAAUAAGACCAAUGAAUUUUCUUCUAUUUAUAAUUACAACCUAAAUAAAGACAAAUUCAUUGACAUGUGGUGGAAUAUCCCUAUCACUAAUUAUUUAGGAAUAAAAAAUAUUAUGGAUAUGGAUAUAGAGAAAAAGACCGAUAGAAAAUUUUUGGAUUUGAAAAUUAUUCAUUUUUGUCUUCGAAAGAAAGUCAACAUUGAGGCCUGGGUCGAUAUCAGUAUUGGCAGGAAUGAAAAUACUAAAACUGAACUUAAGAGUUAUCAAAUUGUUGAUAAAAUUGAUAAGAAAAGUAUUUUUUACACACCAAUUUAUCAAGAAAUCAACCAACCCCAUCAAAAAAAAAACGUUUUGGAUUGGAUGGGAAUGAAUGAAGAAAUACUAAGUCGUCCCAUAUCAAAUCUAGACUUUUGGUUUUUCUCCGAAUUUCUCUUCUUUUAUAAUGCAUAUAAAAUGAAACCUUGGUUUAUACCAAUAAAUUUUCUUUUUUCAAAUUCGAAUGUAAGUGAAAAUUUUAGUGAAAAUAAAAACAUCAAUAGAAAUAAAAAAACGAAUCCC